GGUCUCCGCAAGUCUGAACGUCGUGUCAAGGAGCUCAGCUACCAGACGGAGGAGGACCGCAAGAACCUGGUCCGGCUCCAGGAUCUGGUGGACAAGCUCCAGCUGAAGGUCAAGGCCUACAAGCGACAGGCAGAGGAGGCGGAGGAACAGGCUAACACCAAUCUGGCUAAGUUCCGCAAGGCACAGCACGAGCUGGAUGAGGCAGAGGAGCGGGAUGUUGUCUACCUUGACCUUAGGAAGGCUUUUCACACUGUCUCCCAUAACAUCCUCGGAA